UUCACAAGGACACCCGCCGGACUCGUAAGGCGCAUGCGCGCCACUGAGCCCUUUCCCUAUUGGCCUGACGUAACGGACCCAUCGCAACCCGCCCCUACAAGCUUCUACCAAGAAAAACCAAUCCGCGCGCGCGAGGAACAAAAUGAUCCGGAAAUGAGGAGUGCGUGCGCAGUUCGUAUGAUGGGCCGUGCCAGCUUCCGGGAGCGCUCAGUCUGGAGUCGGCAAGUGCAGCCUCUCCUGGUGUUCUCUUGAGCCAUUCCCGGUGUGGAGUUCCGAUCCGGCGGAAUGAAGGGAGGAGCCUAAAAUUACUGGAGACCAGAUCUAAGCAACAACAUGGACUCAUUGGAGGAGACUGGAGGUUCCUCAACAGAGGAAACUGGAAAUUCCUUAACUGAGGAGAACUACUUUGUAAAUUACACUUUCACUGACCGUUCUCAUUCAUGUCGUGUGGCCCAAGGGAUUAUGAAGUUGUGCCUAGAAGAUGAGCUCUUUGCAGAUGUCACCAUCUCUGUAGAAGGGAAAGAAUUCCAAUUGCACCGGCUAGUUCUUUCAGCUCAGAGCUGUUUCUUUCGUUCUAUGUUCACUUCCAAUCUAAAGGAGGCACAUAACCGGGUAAUUGAACUACAAGAUGUUAGUGAAAGUGUCUUUCAGCUCCUAGUGGACUACAUUUAUUAUGGAACUGUAAAGUUGAGGGCAGAAGAUUUGCAGGAGACUUAUGAGGUGGCAGAUAUGUACCAACUAACUGCUCUCUUUGAAGAAUGCUCCCGUUUCUUGGCUCGAACAGUGCAAGUGAAAAACUGUUUGCAGAUUCUGUGGUUGGCUGAUCAGCACAGUGAUAUGGAGCUCUACACGGCUGCCAAGCACUGUGCAAAGUCAUACUUAUCUCAGCUUCAAGAAACAGAGGAGUUCCUGCACCUUCCUCUUCGUCUUCUGACAGAUAUUGUCUCAGAUGGGGUUCCUUGUUCACAGAAUCCAGCAGCUGCCAUAGAAACUUGGAUUGGCUUCAAUAAAGAAGAGCGUGCAGGUUUCUCAGAGAUACUACGAUCAAGUUUAAAGGAAAUUGGAGAAAAUGUUCAUAUCUAUCUGAUUGGGAAGGAGUCAUCCCGUACGCAUUCUCUUGCUGUCUCACUGCAUUGUGCUGAUGAUGACUCCAUUACCAUUAGCGGUCAGAACAGUUUGUGUCACCAAAUCACCGCAGCUUGCAAGCAUGGCAGUGACCUCUAUGUCGUUGGAGGAUCCAUUCCACGGCGAAUGUGGAAAUGCAACAACACCACAAUAGACUGGGAAUGGUGUGCUCCCCUGCCGCGUGACAGGCUCCAACACACUCUGGUUUCUGUACCCAGCAAGGAUGCAAUCUAUUCACUAGGGGGCAAGACAUUGCAGGACAUCCUUUCCAAUGCUAUCAUAUACUACAGAGUGAGAGACAAUGUAUGGGCAGAGACUAGCCAGCUGGAAGUAGCAGUAUCUGGAGCUACAGGUGUAAAUCUCAAUGGUGUCAUUUAUUUGUUAGGUGGGGAGGAGAAUGACCUUGAUUUCUUUACGAAGCCCUCUCGGCUUAUCCAGUGUUAUGACACCAACACAGAGAAGUGUUAUGUGAAGCCUUAUGUGUUACCCUUUGCAGGGCGCAUGCAUGCGGCUGUGCACAAGGACCUGGUGUUCAUAGUAGCAGAAGGGGAUUCACUCUUGUGCUAUAACCCACUGUUGGAUAGCUUCACCCGGCUCUGCUUGCCAGAUGCCUGGAGUUCAGUACCAUCUCUAUGGAAAAUUGCUAGUUGUAAUGGUAACAUCUACAUCUUCCGUGACCGUUACAAAAAGGGAGAUGCUAACACCUUCAAACUCAACCCAGCCACUUCUGUAGUAACUGUCACCAGUGGCCUCAAAGUGCUACUUACAAAUUUGCAGUUUGUGUUGGCCUGAAGGAAGCAGAGUUCAGUGCCAGGACACUGAAAACAUUCCUUUCAACAGUUCAGAGAUGCAUAGACCCCAUAGUUCCAGCUUCUUGAGAAAGACCACAGUACUUUAGAGUUCCCUCCUUCCAACUACUGCUCACAAGCAGCAGCACUGUAGCCGCACACCUGCUCUCCCUAGCACUUCAUUGGUGAAGUCUGGGUCCUGUCUGGAUUACUGCUAUCACUGUGGUCCCCUGCUGGUCAGUUUCUUGGGUUUCAGAGCCCCAUAGCUGAGAGGCUUCUUAGGCCUAAACCCUUUACCAACAAGCCCUAUGCAAAGUAGAUGAAGUCUUCUUACAGUCUUCUAGGACUCCUGUGUUGCAGGCUAUCUGUACUGCAGUAAUCUGUCAAGGAAUAAAACGUCCCUCAAAGCUGUAUCAGAUAAAAGUGAUUUCUUAGGAAGGUUCCCUCGCUUAUUAGGGCUACAGAAGACAACUCUUUAGCUAGAGGUACCGAAAGUAACAUCAACAUUGCAGUGUACUUGAUUGAACUAAGAAUAGAGGAGGCUGCUAUCUUCCACUGUAUUGCUACCUGGCAGGAAAAGCAAAGCUUCCCUUGACGCCACUGUGCCAACACUGGGGGGCCCUUGCCCCGAUACGUAGAGGGUUCAUCCUUGUACUGCGACAUACAAAAAAAAGCAUGAUAAAGAGGGGAAUUGUCAAGCCUACUUGUUGAUACUGUAAGCCUCCUGGGGUGAAAGUCACAAUAAAGGCCUCUCCUGGAACAACACA